CAUAACCUCAACUUUUUCCAAAUUGCAAAUACAAAAACAAACAAAAUGUUAUCCCGUGUAUUCCACGCCAGAAAUGUGUUCAACUGUUACAAAUUAAGCCCAAAACCCUUUCCAAUAACACCAAGUAGGACCACGGCAUGUGUGGCAAACGAAGCAGAAACAGUUGAAUUAGCUUACGCUUCUUACGAGAGCACUUCAGACGUGGAGAACCCUGCGACGCCUCCGCUGAUCAUCCUGCACGGGCUACUGGGGUCGAAGAACAACUGGAACUCUAUGAGCAAAGCUAUACAUAAGAAGACUGGCAGGAAGGUGAUCAGUGUGGACGCGCGGAACCACGGCGACAGUCGGCACUCCAGCCAGCACACCUACAUCCACAUGGCCCACGACGUCAUGUCGCUGCUGCAGAAGCUGGAGCUGAACAAGGUGUCGGUGCUGGGCCACAGCAUGGGCGGCCGCACGGCCAUGGUGCUCUCAUUACUAUGUUCUGAUUUGAUAUCCAGCUUGGUUGUAGUGGACAUUUCACCAAUCAAGACAAGUCCACAAAUUUACUCUAUGGGCAAUUUAUUUGAUGCAUUACAGACCGUAAGUAUCAGGCCCGGCAUACCCAUGUCCAAAGCAAGAAAACUAGCAGAUGAACAACUGAAGCCUACUAUAUCAGACUUGAACUUAAGAAACUUCUUAAUAACCAACUUGAUUCAAACAAACACGGGGGCUUUUACUUGGAGAGUUAACAUUCCAGCUUUGAAGGAAAACUUUCAGUCACACAUAGCAAGUUUCCCUUCCAAUUUGAAGGGCUUGCAAUUCAGUGGCCCUUCACUAUUCAUUGGAGGAUCACAAUCUGAUUACAUUGGGAAAGAUGAAUUAAAAGACAUCCAGGAGAUCUUCCCGAUGGCGGACCUGGUGUUCAUCGAGGGUGCCGGCCACUGGGUGCACAGCCAGAAGCCAGAGCAGUUCCUCGAUGUUGUGUGCAAAUUCUUACAAGAAAAGUAAAGGGACUCAAAAAAGUGUAAUGGACAAUUUCGCGCGACCUGCUAAAUUUUAGAUUGAAAUUAUUAUGUAUAGGUAUUUAUUAGAAUUUAAAUAGCUCAUAAUUUAAUAGUCAAAGUUUGUGAUAAUAUCCUAUUAAUUAAAUCUAUUGAUUUUUUGUUACAUAAAA